AUGGCGACCAUUGUGAUGGAGAGUAUUGGCCGAGUGUUCAUCAGUCUGCAGCAGAUCCGACAGGUUCCUCGGAUGCUGAGAGAGGCUGCCCCCUCCAUGCCCAGCACUGUCAGGGACAUCGAGGUUCCCCCUUUCUUCAGGGAGCGCUUCAUCUGCACGGGUUACAGACCGCUCGACCAGAGCUGGCGGUACUACUUCCUGUCUUUGUUCCAGCGCCACAAUGAGACUAUCAACAUUUGGACUCACCUGCUGGCGUUUUUUCUGUUUCUGGUUAAAUUACGUGACCUCGCCAAUACCGUGGACUUUAUUUCCGAUCCUCACUCCUGGCCCCUGUUAAUCCUCAUCAUGUCUUCUCUGACUUACUCAGUCUUCAGCGUGACAGCUCACCUACUGGGGGGCAGGUCUGAACUGUGUCACUACAGCUUCUACUUUCUGGACUACGUUGGGGUGGCACAGUAUCAGUACGGCAGUGCUGUGGUUCACUUUUACUAUGUUGUGGACGAGAGCUUACACAGCAGCGUGUGUGGACUAUUCAUGCCCACUGCUGCUGCCCUCAGCUUCCUGUCCUGCCUGGGAUGCUGCUAUGGAAAAUAUAGCAGCCACAGUUUAUCAUCGGGGGUGCGUAAGGUGUGUCAGGUGGUCCCCUCAGCGCUUGCCUACAUCUGGGACAGCAGUCCUGUGGCCAAAAGACUCUUAUCAGGUUCGAACAAUGACCCGGCCAUUGCCUACCAUUUUGGUCAGGUGGGGUUCUUUCUUAGCUGUGCCUUCUUCUUCACCUUCCCUCUGCUGGAGCGCUACCUUCCUGGACGGUGUGACUUUGUGGGACAAAGUCAUCAGGUGUUCCAUGUAUUACUGUCCUGUUGCACCUUCUGUCAGAUCAACGCCUCUUACCUGUCAGGGUUUGAUGGUCAGGAACGAACCCAGUAG